AUGAAAAUUAACCCUAAAAGCUACUCCAGGUUUCACUCAUCCAACCCCAAUUACCAUAAGAAUAUCAUCCUAGGCCAUCAACAGCUUAGAAAUAAUUUUGAUAGAGUGACCAUAAAAAUUACCAAUAUUUUUGCUGCAUAUUUGUUGUGGACUGAUUCUGAAAAGCUGUUGGUAUACCCUCACCACUGUACAGAGGCUAUCAUUCAUUCUAGUGACGACAAAACGUUUUCAAAGACUUCUGUUGGUUCACUGUUACUUGAAGAUCCAAAUAAUGACGGACUAGUCACUUGGAAUAGCCUCUUCACUCGUCAGUUAGAGACUGGGAGACCGGAAUCAGAAAACUCCCUUGGAAGUGUUGGAAACAGUGUUAACAGGCGUCAAAAGAGACAGAGAGGAAUUACUUACAUCAGUGACACAUCAGAUUCCUCUGGAUCAGAUGACGAAAAUCUGGAUACACCACAUAGAAAUAAAAGAACCAGAAACUCCAACACCACAAAAGAGACAAGCGGAGGAAACGGCGGAGGAGAUCAGGAAAGCGAUCAUGGAAGCAAUGGAAAUCGACUGGAACCUACCAAUGGAGGAGAGAGCAAUAGUAGCGGAACACAACCCGACUUUAUUGAAGGGACUCCCGACGGACCGGACGAAAUGGACGGAAGGCGACUGGAAGAGAGUGAGAUUGAUAAACAAGUGGAAAGUGCAACAUGGUACACCUUCGUCAUCAGAGAAAAACCACAACCAAGAAGACUCUCCGGACGAACACCAAACUUCACCAUUACAGAUCAUGGUGACCACUGGCACAUCACAUACUCCGGACACCCAACCAAUAAGACCAGACAUAGAGCUACAAUCCUCGCCUAUCUGGGAGUUACCUUUGCUGCCAGAGCCGAAGCUGAAGCGACUACGGUACUUGUUAGAGAUAUCAAGAGAUGGAUACUCUAUCUUAUCAGAUACGGUAUUGAACGGCUUUCGUAUUUUGGUCUUGGCCACGCCAUUUUUAAACGAAUCAUCAAAUACUUCCAACGAUACAAAAGAGACGAAGACGCAGUAGACGGACCAUGUCCAUAUAUGACUACUACAAGAGAAGACAGAGCUGAAGAAAAACCUAAAGAAAACAGUGCAGAAUAUGACUACCUCCAACACUUAGUCAAAACCAAAUCUGCAAGAACAGUCCAAGAACUUGUCAAUAAACUUGACGAUGAGGAAUACAAACAGCUAUGGACCCGCACCAGAGGACAAUAUAAAGACAAACUCAGGGGAAUACUAACUUACUACAACAACAAGAAAAAGUCGAACCAAAGCCAACUGUCACUCAUUACAAACCUGCAAAAUAUAUCAAAAAGGAAACCAGACUACGACAACAUGCAGUGGAUAAAGUACAUGUUAGCCAACAACGACAUCCGUGUACCAGAAAUCUUAGCUUGGAUAAUCAUCGUAGCAGACAAAAAACUGGACAAAAUCAACACUCUUGUACUCCAAGGACCAACAGGAACAGGAAAAUCUCUUACCAUCGGUGCACUACUGGGAAAACUGAACACAGGACUAGUAACAAGAACAGGAGACUCCAACACCUUCCAUCUACAAAACCUAAUCGGCAAGUCCUACGCUCUCUUCGAAGAACCCAGAAUCAGUCAAAUAACAGUAGACGACUUCAAACUCCUUUUCGAAGGAUCAGACCUAGAAGUAAACAUAAAACACCAAGAGUCAGAAAUUAUGGGACGAAUCCCAAUCUUCAUAUCAACAAACAAGGACAUAGACUACUGGGUACCACCAGCUGAUGGUAAAGCUCUACAAACAAGAACAAAAACCUUCCACCUAACAAGACAGAUAAAAGGUCUGUCAGACAGGAUGAACAGCCAGUACGACAUCAACCCUCCACCAGACAAGAUCACCAGCGACGACUUCCUAGGCCUCUUCCAAGAAUACGAAAAGGAAAUCGACGACAUCAUCGACAAUCAUGUGCGCCGAUUCAACAAGAUCAAGCCCAAGGAAAAGAUCCAGGAGGGAUGCACAUAAUGAAGACGAAGAACACGCCGAGGGAUCAAGUGGACCAGACCCACACAGAUGUCUACAAUUCAAUACGGGAGACUCAAUACAUAUUACUUUCCAAACAAGAAGAUACUUCGAAUUCGACGCUGCCAAUGAUGGAAACUUCGACGGAAAAAACUUAUACUGCCUCCCACUACAUUGGAUGAACUUAUAUCUCUAUGGACUAAAAAGCAGUGACAGUUCAGCAACAGAAACACAGCGAUAUAAGAUGGUAAAGUCAAUGAUGAAAACCUACGGAUGGAAAGUUCACAAAGCAGGCGUCGUAAUGCACUCAAUGGUACCCCUUAUGAAAGACUUAAAGGUAUCAGGAGGAACAUCAUUUGAAACUCUCACAUUUACAGAUACCCCAUAU